CAACAUAUUUCAACACGCGAAGAUAUUAAAAAAAGGAAGAUAUUAUACUAAAUCUCGUAUAACGGCGAGGAAAGUCUUCGAACUUUGUUGGACAUGGCUGCCUUGAAAUUCUUAACAUCGGAGCAGAAGCAAUUCUGGAAAGAGAAUGGUUAUAUUAAAUUGACAAACGUAUAUUCCUUAAUGGAAGUAAACGAGAUAUCGGACGCUUACGAUGAAUUGUUCGAGAGGAAGCACCGCGAAAAUCUAGCGGGUUUGGAAUCCGCUUGGGCCGGGGAGGACAUGAAAAAAGCAGCUGGAUAUAUCGAUUACUCUGUGAAAUCCAUUCACAAUCUGCAAAUGCACAACGCAGUCUUCAUCCGUGCCAUUACCCAACCGAAUCUGUUGGAUGCCCUUGAAGAUAUCAUGGACACACCGGACAUCCUGCUACAUCACACGAAAGCGCAUGUAAAACCGCCGAAGAAGGGUGCACCUUACCUGAUGCAUCAGGAUUAUCACUAUUUUCCUCACAAGAAGCACACAAUGCUGGCAGUGUUCUUAAAUUUGGACGACAUCACGCCGGAAAAUGGCGGUUUAGCGGUGUAUCCAGGUAGCCACAAGCUCGGCCCGUUGACAGAUCAUGGCUUGGUCGACGAGAAAGGCCAGCAAUAUCAUUACGUCGACCCCGAGGUAUACCCUUUGUCGAAGGCCAUACCAGUGUCGGCCAAAAGAGGAGAUAUUAUUGUUUUUUCUUAUCUGCUACUUCACGGUUCGUAUUUGAACCUAUCGUCCAAGAGCCGACGUAUGUUCCUGUUGCAAGUGCGAGCUGCCGAUGACGAGCCGACCGAGAACGUGCACAAAUCUCCCUGCCAAGGCCUGAUGCUUCGUGGCAGAAACAUUCACAGAGAGGCGACGAUGGCCAACCGAUUUACGCAUUAAUCCAAUAUCAUACGGUAAAUUGACUCGACUGAGCGUGUAUAUUUGCUCCGCCGACCUGGAUUGUGGGAAAAACAUGAGAGAGGAAAUGAAGGACUUUUCCAUGGAUGAGAUUGAACGACGCGCGCUCUUAUUCGAGGUUUUCGCAGUUUUUGACGAAAUGCUUGAUCUAGGUUCUCUCCGAAGAUGUCAACUUCACGAAACGUCGUAAAUCAAUCCACGGAAAUUACUAAAUGAAGGCCAAAUUGAGCCAAGUACAAAUAAAAAUUAAAGAAAAAAAAAAGAAAGCGCAAAUGAAAACUUGUUGAUUUAAAUCUUAAUCUCUUUUUAUAAAACAUACUUCGCUUAACACGAUCUUAAUUUAAUAAUUAUCGUAGUUUUAAAAUGAGCUAAUUUGUUAAAUGAAUAAAUUUACGAAGGAUA